AUGGACAAAAAACUGGUGUUGGCUUUGUUUUCUUUGCUACUGGUGGCUGAAAUUCAAGCCCGUCGGCCUGGCAACCGAUUCCAUCAGAAACACAACCAUGCAAAAGAAAAGCAGAAUGAACAGAAAGCAAUUGGUCAGUUUAAACAAUUUGUCAAUCCACCGCAAAAGUGUCUUACAUCAUUCCUGCAGAAAUUUUGCCCAAAUCAAGUAGACGACUCGAAGGACCACGACCAUCAAAAUGGAACAGCAUCUAAAUUUGCUGCAAAGAUUCCGCUAGGUUUCCCAGAAUUCCAAGGACUUUUAUUAAGUUCUUUUAAACAAAUGAUUACUGAAGUCGCUACAUUCGCUCAUGGUUAUUUAACUCAAAAUAGCCAAGAAUCAUUUAAUGAAUUUGUAGUAAACACGACGACUAGUAUUAUGCUGAAUUCGGGUGAUCAUUCAGAUGAUGAAGGGGGACCAGCAAAAAGGAAAAGAGUCAUAUUUGGCAGAGAAGGUGGAGACCAAGUAUUUCAACCUGUGCAGCAAAUCUGCAAUUAUAUUGGAGUUCUUUACUCCAUAUCUGUACAAUGCGUAGAACAUGAUUGCUCCUGGCAUCCCGAGGAGUUAAAAAAACCAAAAGCUUUAUUACCUCUAGUGAAAUUUGGACAUGACCAUGAAGCAAUCGCAAACGCUGUUCAACAACUUGCUGAAACAUUAGAAGCAAAUGCAGAUCCUAAAGAUGAAAAUAUGCUUUUAUUAGCCAACGCUAUUAGUCAUUUGUUUGAAGAUAUAACAUAUUGA